AUGACGCCAGCGCUGCGGGUCUCCAGCUUCCCAGCAGAUGGAAGCAGAUUUACGUUUCAAGCGAACGGAUGGGGUUCCGAGAUCUCUCAUAAAGUCGCCAGAAAAUGCGACGUAGUAAACCGAGGCUUGUCCGGUUAUAACACGAGGUGGGCUAAGUUUGUGCUUCCUCGCACCGUGCCCAUUUCUGAUGCUGCUAUUGCUGCUGUGACCGUCUUCUUCGGCGCUAAUGAUUGUGCAUUGGAAGAUAAGAACCCUUUGCAGCACGUGCCUCUUCAGGAGUUCACUGAGAAUUUAAAAGAUGUUCUCAAAUAUCUGGUGACUAUAGGAGUGUCCAAAGAGAAGAUCAUCUUUAUCACACCACCACCACUUAAUGGCCUUAAGAACAUGUAA